AUGACGCUUCGUGGCCGCGCCGAGCAGCUGAUCAGGCCGCAGACACCCACCCCCAUUCCGCCCGUGACGGCCAGCAUUAGUGAGUUGGCACGCAUGGAGCGCUUGCUUGCGAAUCGCCGCUGGCUGCGCGGGGCGAUGUGUUUUGUGGCCGUUCUCUGCUACGUCCUCUCGCUCUUUGACGAGGGCCGGGUUGUCACGCACUCCAUCAUGCUCGCCUUUUCACUGGCGGCGGAGGUGUCCAUCGUGGCCAUCUACCGUGGGAAAGCGCGGUUGCACGGCCUGACAAACCGGGCGAGUGGGAGGAAGCGGGUGGUGAGUGUGUUUCACUCGCCCUCCGCGUGUGGCAUGCUGCUGGAGAUGCUCGUGUGGGUCGUCCAGUGCCCGCCCCUCCCGGAGGACGUAAGCCGCCCUGGCUGGCUUGCAGGGCUAGAUGGGUUCCUCUUUCUACGCUUCUACGUGUUUUUACUGUACGGGGCGAGCGUCUCCCACGCGCCUGCGUUUGCCCACGCCAUUGCAAGCCUCGCCCGCAUCCGACUGAACUAUCGCUUCUUCAUUCGCACCACCUUACUGCUGGAGCACCUCCUCACGACGCUCGCCGCCGUCGCGGUCGGGGUCGUCGUCUUCGCCUGCGCCUACGCAAAGGCGGAGGGGGUGGGCUUUGGGGAGUCUUUCUACUUCUGCGUCAGCACCGCCUCGCUUGCGGGGUACAGUGAGGUGGCGCCGGCGACGCUGCCCGGCCGCGCCCUUGCGGUGUGCGUCACGCUCUUCGGCGUCAUCGUCCUCUGCUGGACGGUGGGGGUCGCGAGCCAGGCCCUCGCCCUCACCCAGGCGGAGCGCAACCUCUACGCCCUCUUCCGCAGCAACGAGCUCUGCGGCCGGGUCCCGGCGACGGCGGCGCGGCUCAUUCAGCGCGCCUGGAGGCUCUACAGGGCGCGGCGGGACCGACGCAACUUCGUCUCGCGCCAAUUUGCCGCCUUUCUCCUCUCCCAGCAGGCCAUCGCCUACCGUGAGAUGCGGCGGGAGCUGGCGCGACAGGAAACCGCCUUCCUGCGCUCCACGCGGACCGUUGAGGAGAGUCUCGCGUCGGAGACGCCGUUCGGGUCGAGCCUCGCCGCCACGCCGUCCACCUCGCGCACCCCCUCGCCCGUCACCUCCCCACGCGCGCGGCGCCCGUUCCCGCUGUUCCAAGAGAUGCGUCUGAAGCGCGACUCGCGCACCCCAACCCCGCGUGGGGAGGAGUACCCGCAGGCGGGGAAGAGGGAACUGCCGGGCCAUGGAAGGGAGCCGGAGCGGCCCGCGCCGACGCCACGGUCGUCUCCCCCGCAGCGGCCACUGCCACAGCCGCACCUCGCCGCCGCGGUGCCGGGGCUGGCAGAGCUGGAACUGCGCCUCGCGAAGCUUGAGACGACGCUGGAGGCGUUGGCCACCACCGCGGAGUCCCUGCAGGGACGCUUUGGCGUCAUCGCCAGUGUGUCUGUCUAG